AUGAAUGUCUCCGACAUGAAAUGCGAUAUUUCCGAGCUCAAAGGGGAUAACUAUAAGGUGUGGAAAGAAAGAAUCCUACUUCAUUUGGGGUGGAUGGACAUUGACUAUGCUAUUCAGAAAGACGAACCGCCUCCGAUUACUGAGGAGAGUGAGCUUGAGGAGAUUGAACUUUAUGAAAGGUGGGAGCGAUCUAAUCGCCUCAGCGUUAUGUUCAUAAAGACAAACAUCUCAUCUGGCAUUCGGGGCUUGAUCGAGCAGUAUGACAAUGUCCGUAUGCUACUGAAGGCUAUUGAUGAACAAUUUGAGUCUUCAGAUAAGGCAUUGCGAGCACCCUGA